AUGAAAGUAAAACUAUUCAUACAUAAUGUUAAGGCGAGAAUUAACAACAAUAAAAAUCAACGAAAAAAUCUGUUACAAUGGAUCAGAUCUAAAGUGAAGACUUCACUGUUUGUGAGAAAUUUUACAGAGGACUGGAAGGACGGUAUACUUCUAUGCGCUUUGAUUGAGGCUAUAGUGCCGGGCAGUUGUCCCCGAUAUGAUCUGUUGAACUCCGACACUGCUAUGGAUAAUAUAAAUCUUGGUCUAUCACUGAUUAAGAAACAUCUCAACAUCAAUACCACGAUAGAAUCUCACGAAAUACAUGACUGCAAAGAAGAGGCAAAAUUUGUAUACUUUCUCUCGAGAGUUAAAUUUGAAUCCAUGAAACUUAUGAUGAGAUCAUUGCUUAAGAGAUCCAUAAUACAGAGGAAGGAUUCUUCGGGUGCCAGUCAUUUGAUGUUUGAGUCGUUGUUUGGCGACGAGAAGGUGUGUUUUGCCAAAGGCAUGGGUCUCAUUCUGGGCGUCCGCACCCGUAAGGCCCGCUUCAAUAUAUUCUGCAAACCGACUCCUAAACUGAAUUUAGUGAUUGAAAUCAUGGGUCCAAACAAUACCAUAAAAUUCUCAUCCGAUAUCAUCACCACAUCUCUAAUCGAAGACUUUCUGCACCGGAAGAAGUCGUCGGAAGACAUCCUGAAAAUACCAUUUUUCUACGAAGUGUUGUCUAAUAAAAUAGUGAUCACUUAUAUACCACUCAUGAAAGGCAUACACAAGUUGUCAAUCGUAUGGCAGGGACAGCACAUUCUCAACAGUCCUUAUACCGUCAAAGUGGAGGACUGUUUCAAUGAACCAAUGAAAGAGUCGACAAAUCAAAUAAACGGCUCGUCGUCGCCGACAAUAUUUGUUCCCGGAUUACAAUAUCCGGUGAACGCAUUGACCCGACGGAAGGACUCGGACUCCUUUGACGAGUGCGCGACAGUUGUCGCCAGAAAAGUCAUUAAACAAACGGUUGUUAUUAAUGGCAAAUCACAGCUCUUCCAGAACUCCAGAAAAGGGGAUAUAAAUUUCAACAAUAAAAACGAAGAAAAUUUAUUCUGA